AUGGAUCCAAUAAACCCCGAUAAAUGUUAUUUAUGCGGCCACAUAGCAUCAAACAUGCUAAAUCAUUUAAUAACAAACCACGCCGGAUGCGGAGUAGCCGUAAAUUACGGCCAAUGCGGAUUCGCCUCCGGCGCUUAUUACCUCCUUUGCAACGCUUGCAGUAAAUUACAACUUAAAAAAACCAUAAACGAUGGAAAUCACGUUUAUUACCAAGCCCCGGAUAUAAUCUUCGACGAAAACGAUGUAACGGAAGAAUACACUUGCUCACUUUCUUCGUUAAACUCAUACGACGAAACAGAAUUAAUCCAAUCAUUAGAAAUAAACGAAUCAAUCCAGCGGAAUUUAGCCCCGUUUAAAGACCACGAUCCUUUGGGGGCGGCAAUAACCCCCUCGGUGAUUAUACAAGAUUCCGAAAUUAAAUCAGAGUAUCAAAUGAGAUAUUUAGGAAGUCAAGCCUCUUUGUUAAUAGCCCCUCAAAAUCGAAUUUUAGCACUUAAUCAUCUUACCAAGUCGAUGCAUAUCUUAUUAUCAAGGAAUAUAACGUUAAAUUUGUUAUCGUUAUUAUCAAUUGGAGCGAAUUCGAUUAAUUUAAUAAGGAAUUUAAAAAUGAUCGGUUUAUCUGAUAUAAGAAAAGUGGUGAAAUUGAUGACUUUAACCGCGAUGAAUCGCGUUGAAAUAGGAAACGUCCACAUUAGAAACGAUCAUAUUUACUCAUUAACUGUAACGAAAUGUUUCUCACAAUUUUUAGGAAGUUUAUCAAGUGCUUCUUUGAAUCAUUUAAGUGUUAGUAUAGCAGCUUUAGCUUCGAACGAUGUUGAAUCAUCGAAAUUAAUUAUUGGGAUGUGUACGAAGGAAUUAAUGAUUGCUUCGACGAGGAAUUAUUUGCCGAAAUGUGAAUUUGCCGUUACGCAAUCUUUAGUGCAGAUGUUAUCAUCGCACGGAGGAUGCUCUUUAUUAGAAGUACCCAAAGAUGAUACUUCAAUCCCAUCUUUAAUCGAUUCGGAUUCAUUAACAGGCCCUUUAGCCUUAAUAAACGCGUUAUCGGCGUUCGUUUUAUCCGGGAAAGUGUCCCAAGAAAAUCGACAAUGGGCGGCGCAACAAUUAUUUAAAUGCGUCGCGACGAAAAUCCAAAUGAAUUCGUCGUUGGAUCAAAUUAAUUACGCGGAUUUAUCGAAUUGUUUGCCUCAAAAACAGCUGAUUAAUUUAGAGGGACACGAUAAUCGAGUUAAUUUGUUGGAUUAUAAUUUAAAUUGUAAUUUAUUGGCUUCUUGUGGUUACGAUGGGACCGUUAGGGUUUGGUCGUUUGAAAACGAAACUCAACCCCUUUUAGAGCACACGUUCGUUUUUUAUCAAUCGACCGAUUUAUUUGGGUGCGAACUUCAAGAUAAACCGAUUUCGCAUUUAAAAUGGUCAACGGCCGGGAAAUAUUUAGCGGCCGCUAUGGAGAAUGUCGUUAAUAUUUGGCCACUUCCUAAAAAUGACGCCACCAAUCCCGAAUUAGCGAAAUGGUUCAUGGAAAAUCAAGAAGAAACGAUAACCGCGAUGGAGUGGCCCAAAAAUAAAGAGUUUUCUCAUAGCUCAAAGGAACAUUUAUUGAUUGGGAAAGUAGAUGGGUCGGUUACUUUAAUGGCGUUUAGUGAAGGGACGAGAUCUGUUGAAACGCUUUUUAAUUACUGUUUAAAUUCGACUGUUGAUCAUAUCGCUUGGUUUCAUGAAGACCAAUAUUUCGCGAUUGGGUACAUGGAUGGUACGUUAAAAUUGGGGAGUAUUCACGAAGAUACGCGAAUUAUAACGACGAGGGCUCACGAAAACGAAAUCACCUCAAUCGAUUGGAACUCAACCGGAAGUUUAUUAGCGACCAGUUCUGAUUUAACCGUAAAAAUUUUUACAAUCAUUGAAAGCAAAACCGAUUUAAUUCACAGUUUAAAUCACACCCACGAACCAACCAUUUUGAAGUUUUCGCCGAUUAUUGGAAAUUCUUCGAAGCCGUAUUUAUUAGCUGUUGGUACAUCUUAUGGAACAAUUUGCGUGUGGAGAUUCUCCUUAGUUGAUAAGAACCCCGAAAACGUUAUGAACGUUCAAGGACAUUCUUACGAUCCCGUUACUUCGGUUGAAAUUCAUCCCUCUGGCUUAUUAAUGGCAACGGGAAAUGUAAAAAGACCGAGUGGAGUUAUGAAUAUUUGGUCGCUACACGAUGGGAGUUUAGUCCAAACGAUUACAGGAAGCGGGGGGAUCGACCGAAAUGGGUUAUGUUGGUGCGGGGAGGAUUUAAUCGGGUUAGGAUUCACCCGCUCCAAAACAGUCCAAAUUUUAAAAUAUUCAAUCCACAACUUCAUGGAGAACAAAUCAGUAACAACAGCGCGUUGCACUUUACUCAAAAAAGGAAUUAAAGGUUUAAAAAACGCCCCAAUUUUCACAAUUUUAAUCAAAAAUCUUCCAAGUAUCAUCGAAAACCAAUACGCCCAAGAAAAAAUGAUUGUUCAAACCGGGUUACAAUUAACCCAUAGUACUUAUUUAAAAAGCCUCGUUAAUUUAACUGUUUUAUUAGGGAUACAUAACGUGUUAUGUUACCCGAUUCUCCCGUUUAAUAAUAAAAAGAAAACGAUUUUGGAUGAUUUCCAAUGGUUGGAAACGUUCGCUGAAGCCACAAAAAUCGCUGAUGGGUUGAUUAAACGCACUGAAAUUCCUGUUAAUAUGAUGUUAGAAACGAUUGAGGAUGAUUUGUGGUGUCACAAUUCGAUGUGGACGACGACUCAAGAUCGGCAAAUCAUGCAAUGGGUUACUCAUCGCCCUCAUGAUUGGCAAAUUGGGGGGACUUGUAAAUGUUAUUUGUGGGGAUCUAAUCGAAGCGGGCAAUUAGCUGAAGUUACCUCGAAUAAUAUGUCACAACCAGUCGAAUCAUUUUCGAUGGCAAAAAAAAUUAUUUGCGGCCAUAAUUGUACUUUUGUCAUCCAAGCCGAUGGGACGGUUUUAGCUUGCGGGGAAGGAAGUUAUGGGCGAUUAGGACAAGGAAAUUCGGACGAUUUACACACAUUAAACGUUUUAUCGUCACUUCAAGGAUUCGUUAUAACCGAUUUAGCAACUUCCGUUGGAUCGGACGGGCAUAGUUUGGCUUUAGCGGAAAGUGGUGAAGUUUUUUCUUGGGGUGAUGGCGAUUAUGGGAAAUUAGGCCAUGGAAAUAGCGAUCGACAAAGACGUCCACGCCAAAUCGAAGCGCUACAAAACGAGGAAGUGAUUCAAGUCGCGUGUGGAUUUAAACACUCCGCCGUUGUAACAGCGGAUGGGAAAUUAUUUACUUUCGGAAACGGCGAUUAUGGCAGAUUAGGUUUGGGGUCAACUUCAAAUAAAAAACUCCCUGAGUAUGUUCGAUCACUAUCUAAUUAUAAAAUAGGACAAGUUUCUUGUGGUUUAAACCACACCGUUUGCGUAACUAAAGAUGGUUUUAACGUUUUUACUUUCGGUGAGGGGGAUUAUGGGAAAUUAGGGUUGGGGCAUACAACUUCAAAAGCAACCCCGCAAUUAGUUAAAGCGUUGUGUAACGUUGGAAUUAAAAAGGUAGGGGCUGGGACGAAUUUGACGAUUUUUUUAACGAAAGAUGGCGCGGUUUAUGUGAGCGGGAUCGAUCGGAAUCAAUGGCAAAUUAAUCCAGGGGAACGCCCCGAAUAUAAACCCCAAAUUUUACCCGGAUUAAUUAAAUUUUUCAUCGUUGAUUUCGCAAUUGGGACAGAACACGUGUUAUUUUUAACUUCCUGCGAUAAAAUCCUCGGAUGGGGGAUGAAUUCGGACGAUCAACUCGGUCUAAUUCAUAACUCGAUUAUAAAAGAACCCGAAAUCAUUAACCAACUAUCGAAUCGCGGGAUUAAACAAAUCUCAACCGGGCGAACUCACAGCGCAGCUUGGACUUCACCCCCUUUACCUCAAAGAAUCCCCGGAACAACGCGUUCUUUAACAUUCGGGAUUCCCCAAGAAAUCCCAAUGCAAUACAACAACUUAAAAGGAAUUUCAACGAGCGCGAUUCAAUCACGAUUAAAAUUUUUAUACAACUUCUCCGACAAAUUAUAUUCGUGUUGGCCCCUAAUCCCGUUGAGUUCUCAACAAGAAGAUUUACACGUCCCCCCAUUAGAAGGAUUAAUCUCGCCUAAAUUACGCCCGUUAUUAGCCCCGAGGGUUUACACUUUACCGUUAGUGAGAUGUAUCGGAAAAACGAUGGUGCAAGGUCGAAAUUACGGCCCUCAAGUAACCGUUAGAAGAAUUCUCCCCAAGGGAAAAAAAUCGAAACCGAUUUUUAUUCAAGUCGCUAAACAAGUCGUUGAAAUGAAACCGAACGAGUUAAGAUUGCCAUCAAGAGCUUGGAAAGUAAAACUUGUUGGGGAAGGUGCCGAUGACGCCGGCGGGGUUUUUGAUGAUACAAUAACGGAAAUGUGUCAAGAAUUAACAUCCGGGGUGGUUCCUGUUUUAAUCCCAACCCCGAACGCGGUUGAUGAUGCUGGGUUUAAUCGGGAUAAAUAUCUCUUUAAUACGCAAAUGAGUAAUCCCCAACAAUUGCAUUGGUUUAAAUUUUUAGGGAUUUUAUUCGGAGUCGCGAUGAGGACCAAAAAACCUUUAGCUUUACCAAUCGCCCCAAUUAUUUGGAAACUCCUCGUUGGGGAACCGGUUGAUAUCGACGAUUUAGAAGAAGUUGAUACAAUGUAUGUUCAAGGAUUAAAAAGUAUAAGAGAUUUCCAUUUGAGCGAAGUCGACGGGAACAGUUUCCAAGAAGUUUUUCCAUUAGAAACUUUUGAAAGUACAAGUUGUACUGGGGAGUUAGUUCCUAUUGUUCCUGGAGGUCGCAGCAUUCCCCUCACGUUCAAAAAUCGAGCCCAAUAUUUCGAACAAGCCAUAAAAUUCCGUCUGGAAGAAUUCGAUUUGCAAAUAGCGGCAGUUCGUGAAGGAAUGGCCGGAAUAGUUCCGGUCCCAUUACUUUCAUUAAUAACUGCAGAACAUAUGGAACAAUUAGUUUGCGGGAUGUCGCACAUUUCAAUUCCACUUCUUAAAAAAGUUGUGCGAUACCGAGAAUUAGACGAAAAUCACCAAUUAGUGAGAUGGUUAUGGAACAUUUUAGAAAGCUUCACCGAUGAAGAAAGAGUUCUAUUUAUGCGAUUCGUUUCUGGAAGAUCAAGAUUACCAGCUAAUUUAGCUGAUUUAUCGCAACGAUUUCAAGUAAUGCGGGUUGAUAGAGCCCCAAAUGGUUUACCAACAGCCCAAACUUGUUUCUUUCAAUUGCGUUUACCACCGUAUACAUCCCAAGAGAUAAUGGCCGAACGCCUUCGUUAUUCAAUAAAUAAUUGUCGCUCAAUCGACAUGGAUAAUUACAUGUUAGCGAGGAAUUCAGAUUUAGGACCAACAUCCGACGAUGAAGAAUAUUAAUUCAAUAAAAUUGUGUGACUGAAGAAAUAAUUUUCUUUUUUUUAUAAGUAAAAAAUAUAUUCUAUAUCGCGCGAUUUAUUUAUUUUAGCUCAAUGUUGUUAUUUGUUAAGUUUUGGCUUGUGAAUCAAGAAUUUUUUAAAAAAUCAUUUCAUUUUUAAUUAAAAAUAAAAAUUGUCAAAUUAAA